GACAAAGCUUCUAUUCUUUCAAAUCAAAAAAUAGAAAAAUACGAAAAAAGUCAAGAAAAUACAUAAAUGAAAAUCUGUUAUGAAAUAGUGAUCGUUCAGUAAUGAGUGCGAAGAAAAUCGAUCGAAUGCAAUUUACUAUAAUUUUCACAUAUAACAGUCUAUAAAUACAAAAAGAGUACACUAUAGAAUUUGAGAUGAAGAAAUAAGAAUGUGAAUAAUAUAUUGAACCGAGGUAUAGACGGAUGAUUCUUUGAAUUUUACGUGACAGUUAAUAUCUGACCAGAACAAUGAACGUGUUCGACAAUCAGUAUCGUACUUAUCGUAUUAUAUUGAAAAUUAUAGGACUAUGGCCAUACGACAGUUCAAUCUACGUAUGGAUUCAGAGAUUGUCUUUAUUAACAUACUUUCUUAUAGGUAUAAUAUUUCAGAUUAUCCUGCUGGUAAAAUCUGAAAUUACAUUACAAAAUUGCGUUAUCACGUUAUCUGAGAUUUUUCCUGUAUUGCUGUUUUUUUUACGAUACCUUCAUUUUAUUACACUGUUUUCAUACGCAGAAAUUCUGUUCAAUAUCAUAUCUGCAGAAGAACAUCAGUUACAAGAUUCGAUAGAGAUACAAAUACAAACGAAAUAUCUCGAUAUUUCCAGUCAUAUUAUCGAUAUUUUUUGCUGGAUGAGUUUUACUGGUAUUACAGCGUUCAUGAUAUUUCUAUUAAUUCCUAUAACAUUGGAUAUAAUAAUGCCUUUAAACGAAUCUCGCGCUCACUUCAAUGUCCUAUUUCUUUUCGGCGAUCAAAGCGCGUUUAUUAAAAUCUUUUUAAUCUUAAACUUCAUGUUAAUUCUGUCAUUCGGAUUAUUAUGUAUAAUGGGUACAGAGUUCUCACUUAAUAUUUUUUGUUAUUAUAUAUCCAGACAAUUUCAUAUUGUCAGUUACCGAAUUCGAAAGAUCAUUGAAGACCUUAGUAUGCCUAUUUUGUCCAAGCAAAUAGAUUUGAAAUUUACAGAGAUACAUCGAAUAGUGGACAUUUAUAAUCAUGCUAUUGAGCAUAUUAAUUUUGCUACAAAUAAUGGAGCACAAUAUCUGAUAGCAAUUAUUGUAUGCGUGCUCUCAUUCUCUGUAAAUCUAUAUCGCCUAUAUAAUGCAAUAAUAACUAUGGACAGUAGAACAGAAAUCUCCGGUUGUGCUCUUGUAGUUAUCUAUCAUUUAAUGAUUGCAUUUUACAAUAAUCAUUAUGGACAAUUAAUUAUUGACAGUAAUCUCGGCAUAUUUAACGAAUUAUAUUCUUCUACAUGGUAUUGCAUUCCAUUAAAGGCGCAAAAAUUAUUAUUGCUUAUGAUACUGAGAACUUCAAUGGGUUGUGAAUUACGUCUUUCUGGUUUAUUCACUCCGUCUUAUGUAGGCUUUACGUCGAUGAUGAGUUCGUCCUUCUCCUAUUGUGCCGUUAUAUACUCGAUUCAAUAAAUAUCUGACAUUUUACUUCAAAAUAUAAAUAUUGCAAUCAUGUGGUAUCGUUGUCAUACGCAUAGAUUUGAAUUGAAU